AUGACUGACCCACCUGUCAUCGUGUACCACAUGACUGACCCACCUGUCAUCGUGUACCACAUGACUGACCCACCUGUCAUCGUGUACCACAUGACUGACCCACCUGUCAUCGUGUACCACAUGACUGACCCACCUGUCAUCGUGUACCACAUGACUGACCCACCUGUCAUCGUGUACCACAUGACUGACCCACCUGUCAUCGUGUACCACAUGACUGACCCACCUGUCAUCGUGUACCACAUGACUGACCCACCUGUCAUCGUGUACCACAUGACUGACCCACCUGUCAUCGUGUACCACAUGACUGACCCACCUGUCAUCGUGUACCACAUGACUGACCCACCUGUCAUCGUGUACCACAUGACUGACCCACCUGUCAUCGUGUACCACAUGACUGACCCACCUGUCAUCGUGUACCACAUGACUGACCCACCUGUCAUCGUGUACCACAUGACUGACCCACCUGUCAUCGUGUACCACAUGACUGACCCACCUGUCAUCGUGUACCACAUGACUGACCCACCUGUCAUCGUGUACCACAUGACUGACCCACCUGUCAUCGUGUACCACAUGACUGACCCACCUGUCAUCGUGUACCACAUGACUGACCCACCUGUCAUCGUGUACCACAUGACUGACCCACCUGUCAUCGUGUACCACAUGACUGACCCACCUGUCAUCGUGUACCACAUGACUGACCCACCUGUCAUCGUGUACCACAUGACUGACCCACCUGUCAUCGUGUACCACAUGACUGACCCACCUGUCAUCGUGUACCACAUGACUGACCCACCUGUCAUCGUGUACCACAUGACUGACCCACCUGUCAUCGUGUACCACAUGACUGACCCACCUGUCAUCGUGUACCACAUGACUGACCCACCUGUCAUCGUGUACCACAUGACUGACCCACCUGUCAUCGUGUACCACAUGACUGACCCACCUGUCAUCGUGUACCACAUGACUGACCCACCUGUCAUCGUGUACCACAUGACUGACCCACCUGUCGUGUACCACAUGACUGACCCACCUGUCAUCGUGUACCACAUGACUGACCCACCUGUCAUCGUGUACCACAUGACUGACCCACCUGUCAUCGUGUACCACAUGACUGACCCACCUGUCAUCGUGUACCACAUGACUGACCCACCUGUCAUCGUGUACCACAUGACUGACCCACCUGUCAUCGUGUACCACAUGACUGACCCACCUGUCAUCGUGUACCACAUGACUGACCCACCUGUCAUCGUGUACCACAUGACUGACCCACCUGUCAUCGUGUACCACAUGACUGACCCACCUGUCAUCGUGUACCACAUGACUGACCCACCUGUCAUCGUGUACCACAUGACUGACCCACCUGUCAUCGUGUACCACAUGACUGACCCACCUGUCAUCGUGUACCACAUGACUGACCCACCUGUCAUCGUGUACCACAUGACUGACCCACCUGUCAUCGUGUACCACAUGACUGACCCACCUGUCAUCGUGUACCACAUGACUGACCCACCUGUCAUCGUGUACCACAUGACUGACCCACCUGUCAUCGUGUACCACAUGACUGACCCACCUGUCAUCGUGUACCACAUGACUGACCCACCUGUCAUCGUGUACCACAUGACUGACCCACCUGUCAUCGUGUACCACAUGACUGACCCACCUGUCAUCGUGUACCACAUGACUGACCCACCUGUCAUCGUGUACCACAUGACUGACCCACCUGUCAUCGUGUACCACAUGACUGACCCACCUGUCAUCGUGUACCACAUGACUGACCCACCUGUCAUCGUGUACCACAUGACUGACCCACCUGUCAUCGUGUACCACAUGACUGACCCACCUGUCAUCGUGUACCACAUGACUGACCCACCUGUCAUCGUGUACCACAUGACUGACCCACCUGUCAUCGUGUACCACAUGACUGACCCACCUGUCAUCGUGUACCACAUGACUGACCCACCUGUCAUCGUGUACCACAUGACUGACCCACCUGUCAUCGUGUACCACAUGACUGACCCACCUGUCAUCGUGUACCACAUGACUGACCCACCUGUCAUCGUGUACCACAUGACUGACCCACCUGUCAUCGUGUACCACAUGACUGACCCACCUGUCAUCGUGUACCACAUGACUGACCCACCUGUCAUCGUGUACCACAUGACUGACCCACCUGUCAUCGUGUACCACAUGACUGACCCACCUGUCAUCGUGUACCACAUGACUGACCCACCUGUCAUCGUGUACCACAUGACUGACCCACCUGUCAUCGUGUACCACAUGACUGACCCACCUGUCAUCGUGUACCACAUGACUGACCCACCUGUCAUCGUGUACCACAUGACUGACCCACCUGUCAUCGUGUACCACAUGACUGACCCACCUGUCAUCGUGUACCACAUGACUGACCCACCUGUCAUCGUGUACCACAUGACUGACCCACCUGUCAUCGUGUACCACAUGACUGACCCACCUGUCAUCGUGUACCACAUGACUGACCCACCUGUCAUCGUGUACCACAUGACUGACCCACCUGUCAUCGUGUACCACAUGACUGACCCACCUGUCAUCGUGUACCACAUGACUGACCCACCUGUCAUCGUGUACCACAUGACUGACCCACCUGUCAUCGUGUACCACAUGACUGACCCACCUGUCAUCGUGUACCACAUGACUGACCCACCUGUCAUCGUGUACCACACAACUUGUAUAAACACCGCUAAAAAGGGUACCUGA